UAGUCGCCCGUACAUUGCUCGUUUCAAAACGCAGUUACUAACUUUUGCUUCAGAUUUUCUUCAAUUGUGAACAAUAAAAACCUUAAAAAUAUACCUUAAAAAUAAAUAUAAAAAUUAUAAACUAUAAUUUGUUUAAACAAAUUGCCUACAUAUUACAUAAAUAAUAAUAAAAAAAUGUGUAUAAAUAAUUAUUAUAGAAAUGUUCUAUAUGAAAAGAAUAAAUGAAUGGCCGUGUGUGAAAAAUGUAUUGAGUGUUUAAAGAGUAACCACUACAGCAGCACUAUGCUGGGUCUCUUGUGUGUUAUAUGAAGAAAAAAGCAAAUAGACGAGAAUUAUCUUUUGUUUGUAUAUAAAAAAACAAUAUUAAAGAAAAAUAAGCAAAUUUCAAAAAAUAAUUAAAAAAACAUUUUAAACAUGGAAAAGUAUAUAUGAAUAAAUCAAAAUGUAAAUAGUGCAAGUUAAUAUUGAAUAAUAAUAAAAAAAAUUUACGUGAGAAAAGAAACACAUAUAUAAUGAAAGGUUGUAAAAAAGGAACAAGUGAAUGAAGUGACAAAGAAGAGAGAGUAGUAGAAUAUCAAGUUAAAAGAAGGAAAAACUAUUACCAACUGAAAAAGAAAACCUAAAAUGGUAAUUCGGCAAUACUAAUGUUCGUAAGAAAAAUUAUAUAUGUAAAAAUUUAUAUAAAAGAAAGAACUUAUAAUUUAUGGUGGAAAAAAUCCGAAAUUCCGAACGAAAAAAUCCAAAUGAAAAGCUUGCUGCUGACCUCCUCCUUCAAAUGGUGCAGCCCUUUUAAUUAAAUAAUUUGGACAGUGAUAAAAUUUGAUUAAAAAAAUAUAUAUAAAAAAUAAGAAUAUUAUUCUUAAGUAAAUCGUAUGGUUGGUCAGGGCCCAGGAUAAAAAGAAAAUCACGAAAUAUUCACGAUAAUUAUGAACAGAAAUACAAAGCAAUAUUUAACAAUGUUUAAGACAUUGACUGAACUCUGCCUUAAUGAGCACUGUAGUCACCAUUAGGGGUCGUUGGGCAGGUAUAAAAAGACAAAAAAUAUGUUUUUGUCUCAUCGCAGUCUAUUAACUCUGUUACAGAUGUGAAUUUUUGUCAGCCAGUCAGUCAAACAGUCAUUUAGUCAGACAGCAGGCUCAACCAACAGGACAAAAUAAUGAAAACGGAAAUUUUCGAUUUAGAGGCUGCUGUAACGAAAAAAUCGACAACAACAAUAAAAACACCGGGAAUAUUUUUUAGUAGUAAUCAACAACAACUAGCAACGAACCCAAAUGCAAGUGGCCCACGACCACAGCAACAACACCAACAAAUUUACACUAAAACAGCUGAUUUGAAUAGAUAUUUUACGGUAUUUAGUAGUGGCAACAUGGAGGCCACCACCACACACAUAAAUCUCAUCGAUGAUGAGGACGAAAAAGAUCCCUUAGCUUUGGAUACCUCGUCGGGAGAGCGUAGUUCUACCGAAGACUCUUUAGGCAGUGCCCCCUCAACCUCAAAGCAUUCCCACAGUUUACGACGUCAUGUACCGCGUAUUAUUGUUAAACCCAUACUACCCGAUAAGAAACAAACAUUGGGCGCUACGACGGGCUCUACGGCGGCCAAUGCCAGUUCACCAUCUUCCUCAUCGUCGUCUGCGUCAGUGCAAGUUAAUUGCAGUCCCUCAUCUGGUAGAACCAGCAGCAGUAGACGUAUACAACAACAGCAACAAGCUAAACAGGCAGCUGCAGCAGCAGCAGCCGCUGCAGCGGCGGCGGCGGCAGCUUCUGCUGCUGCCAAUGCUGCUACCGCCAUUACACAGGCCUCUACCAUGCGUGAGGUUUUAGCUUCGAUACCCGGUUUUAGCUUAAAGCCCCGCCGUAGAUCCUCAAAGAAAAUAUCAACUGCCGCACAAAUAGAACAGACCAAAGAUGGUAAAAUUGAUCUGGAGACACCAGAUUCAAUAUUGGCAUCGACAAAUCUGCGUGCUCUGCUUAAUAAGCAGACAUUUUCUUUGCUCCCACCUCUGUACCAGUAUAAUCUCAUACAACUGUUACCCAGUGUAGAUCGCGAGACCAUUGAAAUGGAACAAAAAUGCCCUGCCAAUACCAUACCCACAGAGGCUAUACGACUGGGUCCCUCAAGUCUUAAUAAUGAGUUUUUUGCGAGAGCAUGUCUGGAGUGGCGUGAACGUUUGGGCGAGGGCGAAUUUACGCCCGAAAAUCAAAUGAAACUGAGGACGGAGGCUGAGCGGGAAAAGAAUAAAUUGGAUCCAUGGAAAUUGAAACAUUUUGAACCGAUAUGGGGUGAAAAGUCAUUCAAUCGUGCCAGUAGUAGUCGUACAACAACAACAACCAGUAGCGCCUCCGCCACCACCACCGCCGAUGUUUGUGUAAAUAAUAAAAUUAAAGUGGAAGUGGCAGCAGAUAAAUUGGAUACUAACAGCAGCACAACUUCCACUUGUACCAUAGUUGUAACACAAACCACAACAAUCUCAACGACAACAGCCACAGAAGCAGCAGAAACGAAAAUUACAGCUGCUCCAAACUCAACAGCAAUAUCAGCAGCAACCACUAGUGCCUCGAAUUAUGUAAAAAACGAAGCAUUAUCCUCAAAUUCGCCUACAUGCUCGCUUAACUCAUCCACCACAAAUUCCUCCUCCUCCUCUUCAUGUUCAUUAGAUGAACUAGUAGUUGCUAAAAGCUUGACGGAAAAAGCAACAAGACCUGCUACCAGUUCACCAAAUAAACAGCACAAGAAUAACUAUAAAAUUCAACACGUUGAAGAUGAUGAUGAUGACGAUGUAGUGGAAUGUAUUGAAACGACGAUAACACCUUCAUCUUCAGCAGCAGCAGCAUCAACAACACUAUCACCAUCUACAAUAAGUACAUUGAAACAUGAAAAUUAUGAUAAAAAGACUGAAAGUAAACAAGAAAAUUUUAAAAAAGAAAUUGAAGAAAAUGAUAGAAUACUACAAGAUCUACCAACAUCAUCUGCAAACGCCAUUAAGCUAAUACAAGAAGGCCAGAGACGAGGCACUAAACGAUCCUCUAAUAGUCCCACAAACAGCAAAGACUUUACUGAUCCAGCUGCAACAGCUGGUGAGGCUACUAACCUGGCUAAGGCAAAUAAAACUAGCUGCAGUGAAAGCAAUCUUAAAGAAAAUGUUCCUACUGAAGUGAAUAGUUUAAAUAGUAGUAGUGAUGAUGUUAUUUGUCUUGAUGGUCCAACGACAAGUAAAAAACUGAAAAUAGAAAACACGGAAAACAAUAGCAGCGCUAGUGGCAGUGGUUCAAACAGCAGCAAUAGUAUUUGUCAAAUCGAUGCUACAAAUGAUGUUGAUGACGUUGAUGAUGAUGAUGUGACGGAGCAUGUAAUGGCUCCACCAAAUCCCCAUACAACCCAGUACCUAGACGAGCAAAAUAAUGCGGCCACAAUGAUGAUGACAUUGACAAUGAAUAAGCAACAUGAAUAUGUUGUUAAUAAUUCCUCUAAUUCCAAUUCGAACUCAAAUUCUGCCACUAAUUCCUGCUCCUCUUCACCGCCUCCUGCUCCAAUUUCUGCAACAAUAUCAACUGUUAACAGUACCUGUGAUAGUAAUUUGCCAUAUGCUAUAGAAAUGAUGGGCAGUGAUGAGACCACAAAUAUAAGAGUUGAACAGCAACUGCUACAGCAACAACAGCAAGACCAACAAACAACAUAUACUCAUAAUACGCCUGAAAUGGAGAUUCAGCAGCAUCCACAGGAUACAAUGAUUUUAACAAAUUCAAUGCAGCUGGAUAACUGCACCGAUCAAUUAUUACACAAUCCUUAUAAUAACAAUAAUAACAACAACAAUAAUAACAACUUAGAUGAGGAUGAAGAUGAUGUUAUUGAACAAAAGUUUAACGAUGCUGAAAACUAUGUUUUAGAAUCAGGAGAAGUUAGCACAGAUGAUAGUGGCAAUGAUUCUAAAUUAAAUGCAAAAACUAAUUUUCAUUGUGUUACAACUGCAACAACAGCAUCUACAAAUGUUGUGGCUACCACACCACCGCCACCCACCACCACCAACACUGAUAGUGUUAUUAAUAAUGCAGAUUUUUUAUUUACUAACUCUUUAGAUAAUGUGAUUGUAACGCAUGAGCAGCAACAUUGUGAAGGAAACAAUAGCAACAAUAAUAUUAGCAGAAGCAAUAACACGCUAAUGGCAACAAUAUCAGCCAGUCUACAGCAAGCCACAACAUCUUCGACAUUAUCCUCUUCGUCAUCUUCGUCUGCCUCAUCACCAUUGACUUCGACGACUUUAUCUUCAUCAUGCUCCUCAUCAAAUUCAGCAUCGACAACUACAUUGGGUAACGCCAAGCCCAUGAUAACAUCUGUAGUCUCGCUUACCGGUUCACCUUUGGUCAAAGAACAAACGCCUCAAUUAAGUCUGCCCAUGGAGACAACAGCCAGUGAGAUAUUCCAUCAUUUGCAGCAUGAUUGGAAUUUUGGAGGUAUGAAAUUGGAUGGACAACAAGGAAGUGGAGUGGCGGCGGCGCCUCAACCAAUGGUGGUGGAGCAUGAUGAGCAACAAAACAUGACGACCGGUAGUUAUUGCAAUAUGCUGCAGCAAGCAGACCUGAGCAGCGGAAUGGGUGGCAGCACUGGAAGUUCGGGUUCUAUAGCCACCGAAAUUGUACAAGACGAUAGUCAUACAACUGGUGGGGAUUGUAUACUACAAGAUGCCGUAGCUGAUUUAAUUGAUGAUAACAGUGCUGAAGAUAAUGUUGAUAAUGUCGAUGAUGAAGCGGAGGCAGAAGAAGAUGAGGAAGACUUGGAUGAUAAUGAUGCGGUAAGGGAUAUUGUUGAUGAACUGCAGCAGCAGCACGAACAAAUAAUGCAACUGCAGCAGCAACAGCAACAACAGCAGCAGCAGCAACAACAUCAAUUGCAACAGGUGGAAAUAGAACAUUUCCAACAACAGGAACAUCAACAGCAGCGACAACAACAACAAAUUCAUCAACAGCAGCAGCAUCAACAGCAAUUGGAACGUCAUGUUCAAAAUCAUCAACAACAACAACAACAUCAUCAUCAUGCUCAACUCAACGAAUAUGUGGGAGAGCUGGCCUCAUCUGAUGUACCCAUGUCUAUAACGGAAAUGGAGGUAACCAGCACGGUUUUAACAAAUACAAAUUCCAACGAUAGUACCAACGAUAUAAGCAUGUGCAGCAGUACAAGUAGUACAGGAAGUCUGACUGCUGCCAAUCUAGUACCGUCUUCAUUAGCCCAACUGCAGCUGCAGACGUCGCAACAUCAACAUCAUCAACAGCAACAAUUGCAUACAACAGCACAACAACAGCAGCAGCAACAUCAACAAGCAAUACACAAUACAGCAACUCAACAACGACAAAUAUUGGUGGAUUCUAAUGGACAAAUCAUUGGCAACUUUUUGGUACAACAACAGCCCACGAAUCAACACCAUCAAACUCAGGCAGCCACACAACCAACCCAACAACAGCAACAUCUACAGCAUCAACAACAACAACAACAGCAGCAGUUAUUGCAACAAGCAGCUCAACAAUUUAGCUUUCAACAGCAACAUCAGAGCCAAACAACACCUAAUCAACAAACCAAUUCAGUGGCCGCCUUAGCGGCAGCCCAACAACAGAAUUCGGUUGCAUUUGCGGCAGCAGCUGCCGCUAGACAACAGCAAAGGCAACAAUUGGCUCAAAAAAUGUUGCCUCUGGUGAGAAAAACCUUUGAACAUCAAAUGAACACCAAUGGAGCGCAACAUUUUAUAGCAAAUUCCUCAGCUUUAGCUCAAGCCCAACAGCAGCAGUCAAGUCAUAUAGAGCAAGCUCAUCAGCAAAUGCAACAGUUCUCCUUGACCCCUCAACCUCCACAACAACCACAACACCAGCCACAAAACCGUACAUUCUUAACAAACUCAGCAGCAACAGCACAAGCCAACAACAAUAGUCUAACCGCCACAGCAAAUAAUUUGCUAGCAGCAACACAACAACACCAGCAGCAAUUACAAUUGCAACAACAACUACAACAGUUGCAACAACAGCAUCAUCAUCUAAAUACAUUUCAAAAUGUAAACAAUCAACCACAGCAGCCUCAUAACCCACAACAACAGCAAUUAUCACCACAUCAUCAAACACAACAACAACAGCAGCAGACACACCACAACACAACUACUCUAACGCCUAAAUUCAUUCCCAAACAAUUGAGUAUUAUUUCAAUGCCUUCGCGUAGUCCAACAACAGCUACAAUACCCGCAAGUAUUGCCGCCUCCACAACAGUUGCCAUUCCGUCCACUGCCGUCGUGGCCGCCUCCAAUGCAGCCGCUAACACCAUGUACAAUAGCAACAACAGCGCCAGCAGUAACAAUAAUAUAAAUAUCCUUAAAACCGCCUUACCCAUAUCUGGAGUGCCUACGACAAUUGCUCAGCAAAGGUCAGCAGCUAAAGCUUCCUCGGGCAAAGGACGUAAAUCGACUACAAAUAAACUACCACCUGGUGCGGUUAAUCUAGAGCGUAGCUAUCAAAUUUGUCAAGCCGUCAUACAAAAUAGUCCCAAUCGUGAAAAUCUCAAAGCACAAUUAAGACCACCAGCUGCUCUCUUAAGUCAACAGCAGCAGCAACAACAACAACAGCAACAACAACCUCAAAUUAUACACACUACAAAUGCCACUUUGGCAAAAACAUUGCCCGUACCGGUAUCAGUAACCACUUCGGUGACGAACUUAAUAAAAACCCAAGAUGAUGUUGUUGUGAAUAAUGCAAAUAACAACAAUACGGCAGCAACUACGGGUAUGCCAGCAAAUAUAAUGGGUGUGGGAAGACCAGGAGUUUAUAAGGUCAUUGGUCCUCGCAUGGGUUUUCCACGCAAGAAAUACGUACAACGUAAAUCCUCACCCACUUUAAUAAGACACAUUUUCGCCAAUCAAGGCUCUGCAGUGCUGCAAAAUGCCAAUGUUACAACCGUACCAACCUCAGCCGCUGUAACGGGUGGUGGUGGUGCGACCCUUAAUACAGUUGGCGUUGGUCAAAAGGUGACAAUAAUGCAACAACCCUGUGUUUCGCCGGGCCAACAACAGGCGGCGACACAACAUCUAACACAUGUUCAGGCUACCCACGAUAUACAUCACAAUGGCAAUGGCCAGUAUGUACUAGUGCAUCGUGCUAAUGUAGGUGCGGCCGAUAAUCAGGCUCCGCGUGCUUCCAGCGCUCCACCAGUUCCUCAAAAUCAGAAUCAAUUACAUGGUAUGAAUGGUAUUUCUAUAACAGGACGCGGGCGUCCUGCUUCAGUGGAUGUAGAUUUGUUUUAAUACACUACAAGACAA